UCGACUUGGAUCUCCAUGGAGAAAGAGCCAAAAGCUUAUGAUUGUACUGAGUCACUUCUUGUGAGUUUUGUUUAAAACAACUAAAAGCCUUCAGCUUUUGCCUUCUAUUUCUGGCACCCUUUCAAUAUAUUGGGGAGAGAAAUCAGACAGAGAGAGAGAUAGAGAAUGGCAUUAGAAGCUGUGGUGUUCCAGCAAGAUCCGUUCAGUUUUGGCUGCAGGGAUGUCUACGCCAUGGGAGGUGGCUGGAGCUAUGGCUUUGGUUUCGAAGAGGACAAGGUUUACACUCAAACUCAAACUCAGACUCUUGACGCUAAUGUCGAUCAUCAGCAAGCUCUCCACGGUAAUUGGGAGUCUUCCUGCUCUUCCAUGGUGCAACAUCUCAAGGAAUGGGACGCCAACUCUUCCUCCACAGAAGCUUGCACUGGUGAUGGGUUACUCGCCGGAGUAACACCUCAGCCGCAGGAGCCUGCAGCUACGUCAGGUCGGCGAAAGAGACGACGCACCAGAAGCGUCAAGAACAAAGAACAAGUGGAGAACCAGAGAAUGACCCAUAUUGCAGUUGAACGCAAUCGGCGCAGACAGAUGAAUGAACAUCUAGCCGUCCUCCGAUCGUUGAUGCCUGCAUCUUAUGUUCAAAGGGGUGACCAAGCUUCAAUUAUAGGGGGCGCCAUAAAUUUUGUGAAGGAGCUUGAACAGCUCCUCCAGCCUCUGGAAGCCCAAAAACUAAUGAAGCAACGAUCCCAAACAGACUCCUCCACUGUCUUCUCCAACUUCUUCACCUUCCCCCAGUACUCCACGUAUUCAACUCACUACAACUCCUCUGCGGCAACAAAGGAGUCCAUGGCCGAGAAGCGAUCCGCCAUUGCAGACGUGGAAGUAACAAUGGUGGAAACCCACGCAAACAUCAGAGUACUAUCAAGAACAAGACCAAAACAGCUCUUCAAGAUGGUGGCUUGGCUCCACUCCGUCCGCCUUACCAUCCUCCACCUCAACGUCACAACAGUGGAUCAUAUGGUCCUCUACUCUUUCAGUGCCAAGGUUGAAGAUGAUUGCGUGCUGAGUUCCGUGAAUGAGAUUGCAACUGCAGUGUAUGAGACGGUGGGGAGGAUCCAAGGAGAGGCUCCGCUUACCUGAACAAAACCCUAAUUUCUUCCUGUAAUUGUCCAGUCUCUAGAAUUUUUAGUAGAUAAGUUUCAUAGUUCUUAUAUUUUCGAGGGACAUUAUGUACUGUGAAAUGACUUCAAUUCAUAAUGUUUGCCUGAAUUCUAUUAUCAUUUUGCCCCUCA